GAAAAAUGUGAAUGAGGUGGAGAGGGUCUCUACCCCCGUGCCCACGCCUGGCAUAUCAUACGUAGGUGCUUGAGAAAAGUGUGUUGGAUGAAUGGAGUGUACUAAUAACUGUUAGUUAAUAGUCUGGCCCUCAUAUCACAUCACCGCAAUGACUCCUGUAACACCAGAUUACAUUUUAGAUCGCCUGUCCUAGAAGUGGCCAGCCAACCCAGUCUUGGGCCAGGUCAGGAGGAAACUUGGCACUUGACCAUCAGCCCAGCAUGGCAGCAGCUGAGAGCAUGGGCUGCCUGUGUCAGAAGCCAGUCUUCACCUCUUCCUAGUCACAAGACCUGGGCAAGUUACCUACCCCUGCCUCAGUUACUCCUACCCAUAAAAUGGGGACAGCGGUGGUACCCACCCUGUGAGACUUCUGUGCAGAUUUAUGUGUGAACUGCUCGGCACACCGUGAGGGUUCUCCAAACUGUGGCUGCCACUAUCUGUGAGUGUCAGUCGCUCAGCCUUCUCUGAUGCCACUUUUCCUAAGACACACGUGGGAUAAACAUACUUACCACUUGUUUGCCUAAUUGCCAACCCUUCCUUUGUGUCCCAGGCACGCAGUAGGUCCCCAUUGCUAUCAUUUGGAUGUGAAGAGCCUAGCAGUCAGGUUUGAGUCUUGGCAGGGCAACUUUCCGCCUCCAUGGUCUUGACCUUGGUCAAGUUGCUGAAGUCAAGAGAGGCUCAGAGAGUCAUGCGGAGGAACCCCUUUGGUGUGGACAUCUGCUGCCGUAAGGGGUCUCGAAGCCCCCUGCAGGAGCUCUACAACCCAACCCAGCCCGUUCCGGGAAAAGCGCUUCAGAGCCUCCGCACCGAGGCGGCUCCCUGUCGUUUGUUGCAAAGGCCCUGUGUCCGUGCUCAGCACUCAGCCUCACGGAGAUCACAUGCCCUCGUGCUCCAUUGGCAGCUGGAGCUCUCGAACACCGCCGUCCUGCACCAGAUGAGGCGGGACCAGGUCACAGACACCUGCCGGGCCAACAGCGCCGUGAGCCGCAAGCGGCGGGUGCUGACCCCCAACGACCUGAAGCACCUGGUGGUGGACGAGGACCACGAACUCAUCUACUGCUACGUGCCCAAGGUGGCGUGCACCAACUGGAAGCGGCUCAUGAUGGUGCUGAGCGGCCGGGGCAAGUACAGCGACCCCAUGGAGAUCCCGGCCAACGAGGCUCACGUGGCGGCCAACCUCAAGACCCUGAACCAGUACAGCAUCCCCGAGAUCAACCACCGCUUGAAAAGCUACAUGAAGUUCCUGUUCGUGCGGGAGCCCUUCGAGCGGCUGGUGUCGGCCUACCGGAACAAGUUCACGCAGAAGUACAACACGUCCUUCCACAAGCGCUACGGCACCAAGAUCAUCCGGCGCCAGCGGAAGAACGCCACCCAGGAGGCGCUGCGCAGGGGCGAUGACGUCAGGUUCGAGGAGUUCGUGGCCUAUCUCAUCGACCCGCACACGCAGCGCGAGGAGCCCUUCAACGAGCACUGGCAGACCGUGCACUCGCUGUGCCACCCGUGCCACAUCCGCUACGACCUCGUGGGCAAGUACGAGACGCUGGAGGAGGAUUCCAACUACGUGCUGCGGCUGGCGGGGGUGGGCAGCUACCUCAAGUUCCCCACCUACGCCAAGUCUACGAGAACUACUGACGAAAUGACCACGGAGUUCUUCCAGAACAUCAGCUCCGAGCACCAAACGCAGCUGUACGAAGUCUACAAACUCGAUUUUUUAAUGUUCAAUUACUCAGUGCCAAGCUACCUGAAAUUGGAAUAAAGGGGGUGGGAGAGGGAGAGAGUCGUGCUUUUUAAUUUAAGAUUUUUAUUUGUCAAAAGAAUUAUAUGGAUAUUGGGUUAUUUUGUAAAUUAAUAUUUCUUUGGGAAUGAUGCUGCGAGCAGCAUGGUGAGAAUUAUUUAAAAUCCUUAGUAGGGAAGGACGGCUGUCUUUGCAGGGGGAUGGGAUGGGUGUCCUUGGUUUUAGACGGGAAUACUGCAACGCUGUCUCAAAGGUUUCCUUGUGCUCUGGUGAAUUCCAUGAAUUGUGCAUCCCGUAAAUUCUAAUUAAUAUUAUUUAUCGUUAUUUAAA